AUGACUGAAGUACAGCACACCAUAUAUAUACAACAAACAAACCUCCAUUCACUUCAUUCUGUGCAUUCACUUCAGGAGUGCAGGUUUUUGGUGUUCAGCAUGCAACUUUGGGCGACAGUUUUUGUUCUUGGGCUCCUGGUAAUGAGUUCAUGGGCGCAGGGGGUACAGACCACCGUCAACUUGGCUGAAUGUAAUUCUCCAGAGGCUGAAGCAGCAGCUCUUGCAGCACAAGAUUACCUCAACGCUCAGCACACCCAUGGUUACAAAUACACCUUGAAUCGCAUUGAGAGCAACAAGGUCAUCAGCAGGCCAAGUCAUGAAAACACAUAUCUUAUGGAGUUGGAGUUUUUGGAAACUACAUGUCACGUCUUGGAUCCAACACCAGUGAGCCUGUGCCCUGUCAGACAACAGCAUAGUACGGCAGUUGAAGCAGAUUGUGAUUUUGUUGUGACUAAAGGCCUGUCAAUUGUGGCAUUCAAGUGUAAAUCUGAGAUUGAAACAGAGGAUGAUUGUCUAGGCUGUCCUCACCUCCUGCCUCUAAAUGACACAGAUGGUCUGCAACUCAUUGAAGCCUCUUUAGAUAACUUCAAUCAAAACCACACUCUAAAUACAAAGUUUGCACUCUUUGAAAUCGGACGAAUGACAUCUCAGAUUGUCAGUGGAGUGCCCAAGUACUUUGCAGAAUAUGCCAUUAUUGGGACUAACUGCUCAAGUUAUGUUAAUGAUUCAUGCAUCCCUCAGAAUCACACUGUUGCUAUCCAUGGCCUGUGUCUAGCUGAAGGUUCCGCCGGUCUGAAUGAUGUUGACUGCAAAAUCUUCAACCCAACCCAAACUGUGUACACAGAAAGCCACAAUGCCACAAUGCGAGUCCAGCAACUACUGCACGCCCACACUUUUGGACCUCAGCACAACCCCACAGUUCAUGGCCUCAGACAUCACAAGCCGACAGCACUCCAUGACCCUGCAGAAAGUGGUUUGCUCUCUGCAGAAUCCACUGAAUCAGCAGAGGUAGUAACGGUGCUACCAAAGGAAGCCCAUGUUGUGAAGCGUGAGGUCGCUGCCCCAGAAAAGCCGGCUCUAGAUGCAAUAGUAGAAAAAACACCCAUUCUUGUAGAACCGAUAGCUCUCAGCUGUCCAGGAAAAAAGAAACAUUUCUGAUUUGGUCUAAUAUCAUGAAACUACAAAUAUAGAUGUAUAGGCCUCAAUAUAGUUGUCUGAUGAGUUACGAGACUCAUAACCAUAGUUAGUAAGCAGUAAGUGUUUUAUGACAAAGUAGCUACAUGUAUAAACAAAACUGGCCUGCCAUAUUUAGGAAGCAGUUAUGGCUUUGCCUAUUAUAUUCCAUGGUGCUGUAAUAAAAUGCUUACCUUGAUAA